UGGGAUUUUCUGGGCGUCUGGAUUUCAUCAAACCCAGCGCGUCUUUUAUACGCCCUUAAUUUGCGUCUAAGCGAGCGUCGCCUUGCCCCGCAAAUGUCUCUCUUAUAGAAAAACCGGAACAGAACGAUUGAGAAGUUCAGGCGAGGCAGAGUGUUAUAUAGUUUGGGAGAGACGGGGAAAGAAGACGAUCAUCAUAAGCAAGGUAGAUGGAUAACAUGCUCUGCGAUGAACUCCUUCAGGAGAUUUUCAUGAAGCUCCCUCCUUCUUCGUCUUCAUCUGUAUCUCUCGUCUCCAAGCGCUGGCUUUCCCUCUUUCGUUCUUCCAGAACUUCCCUCUCCCUCCGCCUUCUUCCUCCUUUCCCUGGGGUUGCUUCUCUCUGCUCACUCCUUUCCGACCACUCUUCUCUCUCCUCUUUGUCUCUCUUUCUUUCCUCCGACUCCGCCGCCACUGCCGCUUCCACCGAUUCCGCCGUCUCGGACUAUAUCCUCGCCGCAGUUUCCUCUUGCUGUCCCCGGCUUCGUGCUCUGAGAUUCAUGUCUGGCCCUGUUUCCCUGUCUUCUCUGAAUUCUCUCUCCACCGCGUGUACUCGUUUGACUUCUCUCUGUAUUAAUCUCCCCAGACCUAUCUCUCUGAGGUGGGUUUUGUCUUUUCCGUCCCUGAGGGAACUCGCCAUUACCUGGUCCUCCGGUGGUCAAGAAAUUGAUCCCAGCAAUCAAUUGGAGGUUUGGGAAAGUGACGAAAUUGGUACAGAGUUGGGGUUGCAAAGCCUGUGCUUGGUGGGCAUACGAAGAGACGACUGGGGAGUGGGAUGGUUAUGGAGCAGCUGCAAGAAGCUCAAGAAAUUGAGACUCCAAAGUUGCCAAGGAAUCGGUGGGCCCUACUCCUCUUUUGUUCAGUGUCUGCAAAAUCUUGAAGAAGUUGAACUGAGGACUUGCAGAAGCGUGAUUGAUGGGGUCCUCUUUCAUCUAGCAGAAAACUGUCAAUUUCUAAAUUCCCUUCUGGUUUACGACGGCGGAAGCCGAGAUGGUCUGCUUUACUUCUUCUCUCAUUGCCGGUCCAAUUUGCAGAAGCUCGACCUUCGUCUACCUCUGGACCUCAACAACGACCAUCUCUCAGCGAUGGCGUCCAAUUUCAGAGGUCUCUUAAGCCUAAGGCUUCAGAAUUGCUGUCUUGUCACAGGUGAAGGCCUAAAGCUUCUCGGGACAUCAGGGGCUUCUUCUGGGCUUGAAGAACUGGCGCUGAUAAAUUGCGAUGUGGUAGAGAGAGAAUCAGGGUUGCUUGCCACUUUGGGGCAGCAUUUGAGGCAAUUAAGGAAAUUGGACUUGUCGCAUAAUGAGUUGUUGCUUGAUAAGGAAUUCAUUUCAAUGUCUGUUUCGUGUACUCAUCUGAGUGAUCUGAAGCUGAGAGGAUGCAAAGGACUGACAAAUGCAGCCAUAGUUGCUGUGCUCAGGAGCUGCAAAUUCCUGGAAAAUGUGGAUAUUAUGCAUUGUGGUGGGAUAGAAUCAGAGGCUAUUGAAGUGUUUGUUGAGAAAUGUCCCAAGUUGAGAAGAAUAAAUGUGGAGGAGAACAAGCUCUCUGAUGAGGCAAAAACGUGGGCAUCCAAUAGGUUUAUUGAAGUUGAUGUUUAAUAAAUAACUGGUUUGGUGAAUGUUGAAUUUGAAGAUGGCAAGUGUAUCAUAUUUCCCAGUUUCAAAUAACCAGGUUCGCUCUACCGAACUCUGUAUUCAUCAUAUGGCUUCUGUAAUUAAUAUUGUUUGGGACUUGAAAAAAGCAGUGUCUGUUCAAUUAGACCCCUUUUUUUGUUUUUUUAUUUUGUUUUUAAAAAAAUGGUGCUGCGAGUGAGGAAAGUGUAAAGAUUUGGAUGGGAAGCCUCUUAUCAAAUUCUUUCAGCAGGUGUGUGGU